AUGGAAAAGAUCGCUUCAUUAAUUUUAAUUUUUGUCUGUCAGUGCUGCAUAUUGAUCACCGUGUUACCUUGUAUAUUGUACAUCGUCUUAGACGACGACGACAUCGCGGAGAAGUUGAUGGUCGUUGGUCCGCUGUCUCACUGGUUCGUCGGAGGGUGCAAUUACACCACGUUGUUGCUGCACAGCAAGGAAAUAAGAUUUUGUGCUCAACAGAUGAAGAGUGAUUGGAUGACAGUCACGAGAUUGAAGGAUCUGCAAGUUAUGCUGAAGUACUCGAAGUUGGGGAGAUACGUGGUGGUUUUUUGCGCGGCUUUCAUGCAGGGUGGUGUGCUGUGCUUUUGUGCGCUGAGAGCGUUCACUGUUGAGACGGUUCUAAUUGGAAACGACACCAAAAACGUGCACCUGGUGCCCUGUACGCCUUCUAAGAAGGUCAUAUCCUUCGAUACUAGUCCUACAAAUGAGAUAUUUAUUGCUCUACAAUUUUUAUCUGGUUUCAUCGUUAACUCUACGGCCGCUGGAGCUUUUAGCUUCGCGGCUGUCUCUGCGGCUCACGCGUAUGGACAACUAAAUGUUCUGACCGAUUGGAUCAAGGAGCUUCUGAAUCGCACGGGGAAAUUUGAUAGGAAAAUUGAUUCGAAUAAAAUUGGUAUCAUCGUGAAUAAUCAUCUGAGGAUUCUGACAUUUAUAGCGAAUAUCGAGGAUAUUAUGAAUAAGAUUUGUUUGAUGGAGCUGUUCAAGUGUACGGUCUGCAUAUGCACGCUCGAAUAUCAUAUACUAAUGGAGUGGGCCAAUCACGAUUACCAAAGUGUAACAAGUUUCUUCCUCGUACUUUGUUCCAUGUCCUUCAACAUGUUCAUAGUGUGUUACAUCGGUGAGAAACUAUCAGAACAAUGCAAAAGUAUUGGUGAAACAGUGUACAUGACAAACUGGUACUAUUUACCUAAUAAAGACAUCCUCGAUCUGAUAAUGAUCAUUUCAAGAUCCCACAUGAUGACUAAAAUCACCGCAGGAAAAGUAGUUCCCAUGUCAUUCGAUACUUUCGCCAGUGUGAUCAAGACUGGAUUCGCGUAUUUAAACGUGCUACGACAAACAAUAUAG